AUGAUGAAAAGCAUAUUUUUACUCGUUAUCUGUGCCGCUAUUUCACAAUAUACUCGUGCAGAUCAACCAGUUACUGUCACAACACAAUACGGCGAUCUACUAGGAUAUCAAACCGAUACAGCGCGUGUUUUUUAUGGAAUUCCGUUUGCGCAACCUCCAGUAGAACAUUUAAGAUGGCAACCGCCUGCACCCAUACAAAAAUGGGCACCAAGAAUAAGAAAUGCUACUAGACCGGCACCUGCAUGUCCACAACCGCAGUGUAAACUUCCUCCUAUACUAUGUCCAGCUUCUACAUCAGAAGAUUGCCUUUAUUUGAACGUUUUUACACCAAUACCGUCGCAAACACCGUCUGCUACUCCAUUACCCGUAAUGAUUUUUAUUACCGGAGGCAAUUUCCAAUUUCUUGAUGCUUCCGCACCUAUCUAUGAAUCGGAACGUUUUGUCAAUACAACGAAUACAAUCCUUGUUUUCAUUCAAUAUCGGUUAGGUAUUCUUGGCUUUUUGGCCACAGGUACAGGCCCAAAUGAUAUUAAAGGUAACUAUGGUAUUCUCGAUCAACGUCUCGCUAUUGCUUGGGUAAAAGCAAAUAUUAAUGCAUUCGGUGGAGAUCCUGAUGAUAUUACUCUAUUCGGUCAAAGUGCAGGUGGACAAUCGACUGCUUUACAUUACGUUUCAAGCGAUAUGCAACAAUACUUUCAACGAGCCAUUAUUCAAAGUGCGCCACUCACCAUACCAUUCAGAACCUAUCUUGAAUACGUUACCCCGAGCGUACUACUUGCUGAACAACUCCAUUGUGCUGUUGGUGACAUCGACUGUUUUCGUCGUGCUUCGUACAAGGAUAUUGUUGUUGCCCAAGCUGUGAUCAACAAUAUGCUUACUUCAUUCAAGCUUCUACUAUUCUUUGAACCAUGGGUACCUGUCAUCGAUAAUGUGCUUGUGCACGGUCAACUUCUUGAUAUGGUUCAAAAUACAUCAUUCCCGUUGAAAGAACUUAUCGUUGGCACAUUAAGUGAAGAAGCUGUCUUUUUUAUUUACGAAGGCUGGGGAAAACCAGUAACACCAGCCACGUAUGCUGAAGUUGUCUUAGCUACAUUUGUUGAGAAUGCAUUAAAAGUUCUUGAGCAUUAUCCACCAGACAGUGUUACUGAUGUGCGACCACUCUUAUCACGCAUUGCUACUCAAUGGGUAUUCGCAUGUUCAAAUCGUGUAUUUUCUCGCAAAGCAGCUUCAUAUUCCUAUGUGUUUGGUUAUCCACUAGAUUUUGAUGGUUGGGGUAAUGAAACAUACUGUAAUGGACAUGUUUGUCACGGUGGUGAACUGCCAUUCUUAUUCGAGUCAGCUUGGACAAAUUUCACAGAUGCCGGACGACGUGUUUCUCAAAGUAUGGCCACGUACUGGACGAAUUUUGCUAAAAGUCAAGAUCCAAAUGAACCGAUACGCGUUGACACACAAUGGCCACGUUUGUCAAGCGGAAAUGAAAAAUACAUGUACUUCCAAGAUCCAUUACAAGUUCGGGAGAACUAUUUGAAAAACGAUUGUGACUUUUGGGAUAGUAUUGGAUAUAAAAAAAUUUCUCUUUGA